UAAAUGUGUGACCGCUCACUCCUCCUCGGGCGCCAAACCUUCUGAAAGCACGAAACAUGGCUCUCGUAAGACUGCAUUUCAAAGCUCCAGCUCUCACAAAUUUCUCUUCGAAGAGAAGCUCCAUCAUCACCCUCUCUGUUUCUUGUUCGAAAGCAAUCACCGAAGAAGACGACGCUAAUGGUCGUGAUGUCAAGAGAUUGUCGCGGCAAUCUUCGUGGGAGGCCAAGGAUUCGGAGGGCCGGGACUAUCUCUACAGGCUAGGGAAAGAAGCUGACAACAUGAACAUCGCCGUCGGAGCUAGAGCUGGUGUAGUCGACGACGUCUUUACCGGCAAUUUUCUUGGCAGAGACUCGGAUAUUGUGUUUGAUUAUCGUCAGAAGGUGACUAGGUCCUUCGAUUAUCUUCAAGGCGAUUAUUACAUAGCUCCUGUAUUCCUGGAUAAAGUGGUAUGCCACAUUGUAAAGAACUACAUUGCUCAUCUUCUCAAUAUCAGAGUUCCAUUGAUCCUAGGUGUCUGGGGAGGAAAAGGGCAGGGAAAAACAUUUCAAACUGAGCUUAUUUUUCAAGCCAUGGGAAUCGAACCAGUGAUUAUGUCUGCAGGAGAGCUAGAAUCAGAAAGAGCGGGACAACCAGGAAAGUUGAUUCGUGAACGAUAUAGAACAGCUUCUCAAGUGGUCCAGAACCAAGGCAAGAUGAGCUGUUUGAUGAUCAACGACAUCGAUGCAGGCAUCGGUAGAUUUGGAAACACUCAAGUGACAGUCAACAAUCAAAUUGUUGUUGGGACCCUGAUGAAUUUGUCUGAUAAUCCUACAAGGGUUAGUGUUGGACAAGAUUGGCGAGAAUCAGAUGUUACAAACAGAAUUCCUAUUAUAGUUACUGGAAAUGAUCUUUCGACGAUUUAUGCUCCUUUGAUUCGUGAUGGAAGGAUGGAGAAGUUUUACUGGCAGCCUAACCAUGAUGAUAUUGUAAAUAUUGUUCUUCGAAUGUAUGAGAAAGAUGGAAUAUCUGGAGAUGAUGUCAUAACCAUUGUCAAUACAUUUCCCAAUCAAGCCUUGGAUUUUUAUGGAGCGCUUAGGUCUCGAACAUAUGACCGGUCAAUUUCUAAGUGGGUUGAUGAUAUUGGAGGUGUGGAAAAUCUUGGCUCCAAGCUUCUCAAGAGGAAAAAAAAUGAGACACUUCCUGUAUUCACUCCCCCAAAGCAAACAGUGGAGGCUUUACUUGAAUCUGGAUAUUCUCUCCUGAGAGAACAGCAGCUGAUAAUGGAGACUAAACUUUCAAAGGAGUACAUGAAGAACAUUGAUGACUGAAGCCAGCUCCUUGUGGUAUUGUCCAUUUUCAAGUGGCAUUAUCAGAUGGUUGUAUUGUCCAAACAUUCUCAUUCGGACGAGUCGUGAUUCUAUUAUUCUCUUGCAUCAUUUUAUUUAGGUGAUGAAUUGAGACAUGAAAAGACAAUGCCCUUCACACAACUUCAAUUGAUACCAUGAAGCUUUAAUUGA